AUGAGGAUUCUGAUAACAUCUGACAAUCAUUUGGGAUACAAGGAAUCCGACCCUGUUCUGCUUGAUGAUAGUUAUGAAACCUUUGAAGAGAUUUUGAAGGUAGCCCAAAGGGAAAAAGUCGACUUAAUUCUACAGGGAGGAGAUUUAUUUCAUGAUAACAGGCCGUCAAGAAACUGUCUGAAUAGAGCCAUAGGACUUCUCAGAAGUUAUUGCGUUGGAAGUGAAAGAUCUCGUCUCAGAUCGAACCGGACUCUAAAUUCCCAUGACCAAAACAUCACCAUUUCUAUUCCUGUAGUGGCUAUCCAUGGAAACCAUGAUGAUCCAAGCGGGAUAAACAUGGUUUCUCCACUUGACAUUCUACAGAGCAGCGGACUUGUAAACUAUAUAGGUAAGUAUAGUCUUAUGGAGAGGAUAGAUGUCUUUCCUUUGUUGCUAGAAAAGGAAUAUAGAGUUGCAAUCUAUGGGCUGGGGCAUAUUAAGGAUAGAAGACUGUACAGAAUGUUUUGUGAAGGAAAAGUUGUAUUUCAUAAGCCAGAGGAUUAUGAUUCAUGGUACAAUAUCCUUGUACUACACCAAAAUCGAGUUCCUAGGGAGAAGGAGCAUCUUUCCUUGGAUUUUAUAGAUGAUUUCUUUGACCUUGUAAUAUAUGGUCAUGAGCAUGAAAGCAGAGUGACCAAGGAAGAGCGGCUGAUACUCCAGCCAGGCUCUACAGUUAGAACGUCUUUGUGUGAAGGCGAGAGGCAUGACAAAUAUGUAUAUAUUCUGAGGAUUGAGGAGAAAUGUAUUUUGGAACAUGUCAAGUUAAGGAGUGUAAGGCCGCUCGUGUUGGGUGUCUUGAGAAUUGAGGGAAAAUGUAAUGCUGAAGAAAUAGUUGCAGGCAAGAUCAAGGAGAUGAUAGAGGAAGGAAAAAAGAAAGAAACUCUUUUCUGUAAAGAAACCACAACUGUGAAUGUUGAUACAAAAAAAUUCAAAUGCGAAAGAGACACCUCCAACAAGACGUUGCCAAGCAGCUUCUAUAUGUGA